AUGACAACUACAACAGAGCUAAACCCCCUCACCAGAACCUUAACGGACGUUUUAGAAGAGGAAUUAUAUCAUAUGUCCAGAAACGACGGGCAAGAGCAAGCACAGACGCCUAAGUCGUGGAAGAACAGGUCUCUAGAGGAUUUGCUGUUACUGCCCGAGCAAUCUAGCAUGCCAUAUCCAGAACUUGACGAACAAAAUCAAUCGAUCUUCAGCAAGUACGCAGAUCCUACACUCACUACAAUGUCACUAGAAAGGCCAGAGGCGGUCGAAGAUAGUGCUGUUCAGAAUGCAGUCCCUUCGGCUACACCAGUGCAGCCCACAGUCUCGUUGAACACCGUGUUAAAUAUAAAUCCGUUCUUGACUCGUCUCCCCAGUACUUCCGAUGUUAAGAUAACGUCCCCCUCGUUAUUCCAAGACGAAGAUGAGGACAUGAUGCGCUCGGGCGAAACCUUCCCCGUAGACUACUACUACGACGAUAGCCAGAAGAUGUUCUGUUGGCCUCUUCAGGAGUCCACAACCACGUCGCAAGACGCUAUGUCGAUUUUUGAUCGGGAAUUUGACGACGACUUGAGUGAGGAUGAGGAUGAAGAUGAGGAAGAAUACGAAGCUCGUAUAAACGAUGACGACUCGCAGAUUUUUGACAGGAGGCGGCCGGUCUCCAGCUUUGUUGACGAUGAGAGACGCGAGACAGCAAUAGUUGACGAUGAUGACGAUGAGGAUGACGAAGAAGAGGACGAAGACACAUUUGAUGAAGAUACCCUUUACGAAGGUAAGGCCAGAACGUCAAGUGUAGUUUGCUCUAAUGAUCAGUAUAUGACUGUUCCUUCUAGUGCACACAUAUCACGGGAUUCGACUCCUGACGAUAGCUCUGCAACUCCGCAAUCGUUAAAUCAAAGUACUAUACCCAUCGCCCCCCUUUCGAAAAAGAAGAAAGUAUCAUCGAGAAGGAAGUCCUCCAGUGCGGCAAGUGCCAUCCCAGCCUCCAGAAAGAAAUAUUCACCAACACCAUCUGUUGUUGCUACCUCUUCGGUACCUGGCUCUGCUCAAGAAGUCCAUACGUGUCAACUUAUAAAUCCGAUUACUAAUGAGCCCUGUUAUAAGAAAUUCUCGAGACCUUAUGAUUUGAUCAGGCAUCAAAAGACUAUUCAUGCAUCUAAAAAGAAGGUUUUCCGUUGUUUGAUUUGUAUACAGCAACAGGGAGCCGAAGGGUAUCAGAAAACAUUUUCAAGAGGAGAUGCCCUGAGCAGACAUGUCAAAGUAAAACACGAGCUAUCGGGAGCCGAAGCGCAGAAGGCUAUUCAAUUUGCCAAAGAGAACGUGGAAUACGCUGGCGCGUAG